AUGCUCGUGUGGCUGCUCGCAGCUUCUUUUACCAAUGGCGACAAGGAGGUGCCGCUUGUGCUGUCGAACGGCGCGGUCUACAACGUGACCGAUGGCGAGUGCGCUGCUAACUCCGACAUGUGCUUCACACCGGCGCUGACCGCCUCCAAAAACGAGGCCGCCGUGCGCGAGAUCCUGUACGUGGCAGCUAGCUCUUCGAAUCCUCUCACCGAGGCCAGCUUGGAGGCGUCCUUUCAGGCCAUCGUCAACGACGCGAGCGACUCCUUUGAUCUACGAACAGAUGAAACGAUGACGCUCGAGCUUACAAACGACGUGAAUGUGCGUGCGCUCUCGGUCGGCCUGUAUAUUGGUAACAUCGAGGACGUCUCGCCACAUGCCUCGUCAUGGCAGUUCGAGGGACGGCUGUAUGUCAGGGAGAUCAUGCCCCGCCCGUACACGUCGCGGGAGCAAGCCAUCCGAGCCAUCUACCGAAACCCGGAGGCUGUGAUGGAUCGGCCGGACGGCACCAGUUUCGCGGACGCGGAAAAUUGGGAUGACAAACGUCACGCAUUCGAGAAUGCGCUGGACUCUGCCCGCGACCUCACUUCCGCCGAUUUUGACAACGUCUUCCGCCUCGAAUAUGAGAAUGUGCGUGGGCCUGGGCAGCAGGCGCCGCAGUACGAUCCUGAAGGCCAACUCAAGUACAUCAGGCUGAAGGGCGAUUCGUACUCGUACCGGCCGCAGCACUCUCGGCUCACCUCCGACUUGGAGUUCAACAACUCGAAGCUCGCCUUCAACAUGCUGUGCGUCGACCCAUCCUUCACGGGCUUCGCCCAACCAGACAUGAUCUCGUGGCCGAGUCGCGAGGUCGCACGCGCCUCGAGCACCACUCUCGACCUUUUCUACACGGGUGGCUUCCUGCGCAGGCCACCGUUCCUGCGAACCCUAGACGGUCUCGGCGGCGACUCACGCAUCCGCUAUGGCGAACUACACCCCGUGACCCGCACGUCCACCGGCAUGCUGGUGACGCCGUUGGUCGAGUUCACGAUCGUGUUGACGCCAACGCGACUCGUCGGGUUCUUCAUGCUGAUGCCGCUGUUUGCGGCCACUCUCGCCACUCAGUCGGCGACGGUCUCCUCCAUCCUCCUCAUCUCUGGUGCGAUCGCAGCGCACCUCUCGGUCAACCCCGAUUUGGUCUCGGGGGAGGAGGCAAGGGUAGAGGCGUUCAAGCGCGGCACGGCGCGCCUGUACUCGCUGAUGCGCCAGCUGGGCCUGCUUGCGACCGUCCUCUUUGUCCCUGCCGUCUAUCACUCGGUGGACGACUACGGAAGGACUGACACCGAGGACGAAGUGUGGAUCACCACUGUCGGCGUGCUCGGUGGGGCGGUCACCCUACUCACCGGAGUUGCCCUCUUUCGCUACCGCACCGCCGAGCGUCACCUCGAGGCAACAGAGGCGGCAAAGACGGCUGAGGAGCGUGAGGUCAUUCUUCCGUCGCUCGACGAGAAGUCGCCGGCUGAGUGGAGCGUGCUCGAGGUGGCGGUCUGGCUCGAGCACUCCCCGGCUCUCGUGCACCUGGGUCCUGCCAAGCGCGCGACCGUGCGCGCCACCUUCACCAAGGAGGAGAUUGAGGGCGCCUCGCUGAUCAUGUGCACAGAGAUGGAACUCCUACUCAAGCUGGGCGUGGCCGCAGGCUCCGCGGUGCAGGUGGCCCUCGCGGUCGAGCAGCUUCUCGCGAAGCCACUCGAGUGCGCGACGAGCGCGUUCGAGGCCGCGCCGGAGCUAGCGUCUGAUGACGCGCUCAAUUAG